GCGUUCGUCGAUCGUUUUUCUCAAUAAUUGAAAGAUGCACGUUACCUGUAAGUGCCUGAAUGUAUCCAUCAAGUCUAGGAGCGCCGAAUUACAGCAGGUUAACGUCGAGUUGACUGAUGUGGAGCGUACCGAUGCCUUUUUUCGCGAGGAUUUGGCAAGUGUAUCAGAAUUGGAAAAAAUUACUAAAGAACAACCUGGUUUAAUGGAGAAAAGAAAUGUUGGAUCCUGGAUUGUACAUCGUUGUUGCAAUUGCUCAAUGUAUACUCAUGCGGUCCACAGAGAAUAUGGUGCUGCUUUAGUCCUUGUUAAUAACAAUAUUCUUUUAUCGCCCGAGGAAAUAAAUAAAUUAAAAUCCAAUCCAGAUUAUAGUCCAAUAUUCAGGGUAGUAAUUAAUCAUAGUUUGGAAGAUCUUGACGAUUAUCUGCAACAGCCUAAAUUUUCUGUCUCACAAUUACCUAACACGGUUCAAGUGGCUCUAGAUGGAUUACAACAACAGCUACAGGAAGCUGUACAACGUGAAACAAUAGCUAUAGAAGAUAAAAUACGUGCGUUUACUGAUGAACAGCAUCAGUUGUUGGAACAAUUUCGUGAAAGAGCACACAACGAACAUAGGCUGUUAUCAAAACUAGUGUGUAGAGGUGACGAAAUAAGUAGAGUAACCAAUAAUAUAGAGACUCCACCAACAACUCCUGAUGGCUUUAAAAAUAUCAUGACUACUUCUGCAGCUAGUACAGUGAAUCCAAAGUCUGAUAUAAUAUUCAAUGAUACAAAAGUAUCUAGUAGCCCUAAUGUUAAACACGAAACAACCACCAGACACUCCUAUAAAAGUACCAUUAAUGAUGAAAAUUCGAAAAAAAAGGAUACAAUGUAUAUGUGUACCAAGGUAAAUUUCGAUACAGAAGUAUUGUUUCAUUUUGAAGGAAUGGAGGAUACAGACGCAGGCAGCCAACAGCUUGUAUGCUCUUCGGAAGAUACCGACGGAUCUGAUAACGAUGAUUUAAGCCAAAACGGAGAGAUUCAUAUGCCGAGAGGUCAGCGAGAUGGUCAUUCUACAUUAGCUAAAUCGCUACCUGUCAUUGUGCCUGUUUUUCCUUCUAUCAUUCAUCAUACAGUACAGGAUCAAGACGAUGAUCAGUUGCCAACCGAGCCACACAACAUUCGAGCUUCGAUGAAAGCCUUAGCUAAAAGUGUCAAUACUGAUACGGUAUUUGGUGAUUUACCACGUCCCAGAUUUUCUACUCAGAUCUGAUUUAUCAACUUAACCCUCGGUGGAAACAUAGUCUAUGGCAAUAACCACAAGUGACAAAAGAUGAUGAGAGAAGAGGUCCAAG